CAAAAUUUCUUUGUGCCUGGGCUGCCACAGUCGUGUUCUUCAGCCAAAUUUUUGUCUUUGGUUCAAGUGCCUUCUCUCAGUCUCGAUUUCUCAUAAAAAAAAGAAUUUUUGUUGAAACAUCACAAACAAAACAAGCAAAAUGAGCGGCGAAAUCACCCACGAAACCAUCAAAGAGGGAUGGUUCCGCGAGAUCUCGGACAUGUGGCCGGGCCAGGCCAUGACCCUUAAGGUCGAGAAGGUCUUGCACCACGAGAAGAGCAAGUACCAGGAUGUGCUCAUCUUCCAGUCGACCGACUACGGCAAGGUCCUGGUCCUGGACAACGUGAUCCAGUGCACGGAGCGUGACGAGUUCUCGUACCAGGAGAUGAUCACUCACCUCGCCAUGAACUCGCACCCCAACCCCAAGAAGGUGCUCGUCAUCGGCGGUGGUGACGGUGGUGUUCUCCGCGAGGUCGUCAAGCACGACUGCGUCGAGGAGGCCAUCCUCUGUGACAUUGAUGAGGCCGUCAUCCGCCUGUCCAAGGAGUACCUCCCCAACAUGGCGGCCGGCUUCAACCACCCCAAGGUCAAGGUUCACGUCGGUGACGGCUUCAAGUUCCUUGCCGACUACCAGAACACCUUUGACGUCAUCAUCACCGACUCUUCCGACCCCGAGGGCCCCGCCGAGAGCCUGUUCCAGAAGCCUUACUUCCAGCUUCUCUUCAAUGCCCUCACCGAGGGCGGUGUUAUCACCACGCAAGGUUCCGAGAACCAAUGGCUUCACCUGCCCCUGAUCACCAAGCUUCGCAAGGACUGCAAGGAGAUCUUCCCUGUGGCCGAGUACGCCUACACUACUAUCCCGACCUACCCCUCGGGACAGAUUGGCUUCAUGGUCUGCAGCAAGGACCCCAAGGCCAACGUCAAGGUGCCGCUGAGGUCAUGGACCCAGGAGGAGGAGCUCGAGAAGUGCCGCUACUACAGCUCAGACAUCCACAAGGCCAGCUUCGUGCUGCCCAACUUUGCCCGCAAGGCUCUCCAGGAUUAAGCCGAGAGUGGGGGUUGUUGUUGGAUUGAGAAGCCGAGUUGGAUGUGUUGGGGCCGGGAGUACAAAAAAAGUUCUUGGUAAACAUGGUCUGGGAUUGAAAAGUCGAUGAUAUGAGACGUCUCACCAUUGCACAUAAAUUAUAGUUGCACAUAUCCCAGUAAAUACAGCCGUGGCACUUGGUGCCCUCGCCUUCAGAGGCACAAAAA